AUGUUACAGCAGCAGGAAAAUCAUGAGCCUUUGCCGAAAAAAUUGGUUUCCUCAACCGAAAAAAAAUCGGUAUCUGUUACCGAUUUUUUUCGGUUGAGGAAACCGAUUUUAUUCGACGAUCGUGAACCAACUCAAGAUUAUGAUUUUGAUUAUUCUUCUGAUUUUGAAUAUUUUGGCGAUUCAGAAGAUAAUAAUGAUGAUGAUAAUAAUGAUGAUGAUAAUAAUGAUGAUGAUAAUAAUGAUGAUGAUGAAGAUAAUAAUUCUAUUUCUAAAAAUAUCCACGAUAACAAUCAUAUUAAUGGCUUUUGUUUUGAUGCUGAUGUAUUUAAUAAUGACAGCGACAGUAUUGAAUCUUCAAAUGACGGUUAUGAAGAUGAUUAUCAAUCAUUUGAUACAAGCUCAGCUGGUGAAGAAUACUAUGAUUGUGGUAGAUCUUCUGAAGAUGAUCAUUUUUACAGCAGUGAAUCUGAAGAGGAUUCUGAUAGCAGUCAAAGUGGUCCAAAUUUUGAAACUGAACAUCUGAAUGACCCCUUGUAUGAUAAUGCUCCACUAACGGUAGGUGAAAGUGUUUUAUGCAUAUUAACUUUUAUGAUCCGCCAUAAAGUAACGCGUGCUUUAUUAUCUGAUUUGUUAUCACUCAUUAGCUUACAUUGUAUUCAGCCAAAUCUUUGUAUCAAAACUUUAUAUUAUUUCGACAAAUUUUUUAAAAAUAUUCGAUCACCGAUCCGUCGCCAUUUUUUUUGCUCUGCAUGCUUUUUUAAAUUAGAAAAUCAAAAAAGCUCUUGUCCCAAGUGUAAUGUCAAUCAAGAAGUCGUUUUAAUAGACGUAAAAUUAAUAAUAAAAAUUUAG